CAUUAUUUGCGUCUUUAGAGUCAGUGGGUGGGAAUUGAGAAAGUGGUGGCUUGUUCCAGAACAGUCAUAAAUCAGCGCGUUUGGUGCAAGAUCCGUAGUUAACUACGGGACGGGAGCUUAGAAAAUUCGUGGAAAACCGCACUAACAUUUCCCAAGAGAAAAACUGUAGCGACUCCAAGUUUCAGUGCUCUGCAGAAGGAAGUCUGCCUGAAUAUUAAAGGUCGAGAGAACUGGGGAAUGGCGGAGAGACUGAUCCUCGCUCUAAUGGCCAUCUGGGUGGCCCGGGUGACGGGUGAAUGUGGCGGGCCUCCAACAUUGGAAAAUGGCACUCCAGAUGAUAAAUUUAUUCCUCUGACCACCUUUCCUGUGGGUACUAAAGUUAGUUACAGAUGUUACCGAGGUUACGUGUUUCAGGAAGGGGGUUCAAGACUUGUUACCUGCAUGGCAGGUUCAACUUGGUCACCAUUGCAGGCUGUUUGUGAACCAAGAAGCUGUGACAAUCCUGGAGAUAUUCUCAAUGGAUAUUAUAAUGCAUCAAGUACCACUUUGGGAAGUCGAGUUACUUUUUAUUGCAAUGCAGGAUAUAAGAUGGUUGGUAGGGACUACCGGAUAUGUACAGCUGAUGGUUGGGAUGGCCAGGUUCCAACGUGUGAACUUGUCACAUGUCCCGAUCCUCCCUCUAUUAGUAAUGGGACAGUUUCAUCACCAUCUGGAGAGUUCUGGACAUUUGGAAGUGUAGCAAAGUAUCACUGUAAUAAGGACUACUCACUGAUUGGUGAAGACACCAUCACCUGUGGAGCAAAUGGAGAAUGGGACAAGGAUCCACCAAGAUGUCAAGGUGAAUGUGGCAGGCCUCCAACAUUGGAAAAUGGCACUCCAGAUGAUAAAUUUAUUCCUCUGACCACCUUUCCUGUGGGUACUAAAGUUAGUUACAGAUGUUACCGAGGUUACGUGUUUAAGGAAGGGGGUUCAAGACUUGUUACCUGCAUGGCAGGUUCAACUUGGUCACCAUUGCAGGCUGUUUGUGAACCAAGAAGCUGUGACAAUCCUGGAGAUAUUCUCAAUGGAUAUUAUAAUGCAUCAAGUACCACUUUGGGAAGUCGAGUUACUUUUUAUUGCAAUGCAGGAUAUAAGAUGGUUGGUAGGGACUACCGGAUAUGUACAGCUGAUGGUUGGGAUGGCCAGGUUCCAACGUGUGAACUUGUCACAUGUCCCGAUCCUCCCUCUAUUAGUAAUGGGACAGUUUCAUCACCAUCUGGAGAGUUCUGGACAUUUGGAAGUGUAGCAAAGUAUCACUGUAAUAAGGACUACUCACUGAUUGGUGAAGACACCAUCACCUGUGGAGCAAAUGGAGAAUGGGACAAGGAUCCACCAAGAUGUCAAGGUGAAUGUGGCAGGCCUCCAACAUUGGAAAAUGGCACUCCAGAUGAUAAAUUUAUUCCUCUGACCACCUUUCCUGUGGGUACUAAAGUUAGUUACAGAUGUUACCGAGGUUACGUGUUUAAGGAAGGGGGUUCAAGACUUGUUACCUGCAUGGCAGGUUCAACUUGGUCACCAUUGCAGGCUGUUUGUGAACCAAGAAGCUGUGACAAUCCUGGAGAUAUUCUCAAUGGAUAUUAUAAUGCAUCAAGUACCACUUUGGGAAGUCGAGUUACUUUUUAUUGCAAUGCAGGAUAUAAGAUGGUUGGUAGGGACUACCGGAUAUGUACAGCUGAUGGUUGGGAUGGCCAGGUUCCAACGUGUGAACUUGUCACAUGUCCCGAUCCUCCCUCUAUUAGUAAUGGGACAGUUUCAUCACCAUCUGGAGAGUUCUGGACAUUUGGAAGUGUAGCAAAGUAUCACUGUAAUAAGGACUACUCACUGAUUGGUGAAGACACCAUCACCUGUGGAGCAAAUGGAGAAUGGGACAAGGAUCCACCAAGAUGUCAAGGUGAAUGUGGCAGGCCUCCAACAUUGGAAAAUGGCACUCCAGAUGAUAAAUUUAUUCCUCUGACCACCUUUCCUGUGGGUACUAAAGUUAGUUACAGAUGUUACCGAGGUUACGUGUUUAAGGAAGGGGGUUCAAGACUUGUUACCUGCAUGGCAGGUUCAACUUGGUCACCAUUGCAGGCUGUUUGUGAACCAAGAAGCUGUGACAAUCCUGGAGAUAUUCUCAAUGGAUAUUAUAAUGCAUCAAGUACCACUUUGGGAAGUCGAGUUACUUUUUAUUGCAAUGCAGGAUAUAAGAUGGUUGGUAGGGACUACCGGAUAUGUACAGCUGAUGGUUGGGAUGGCCAGGUUCCAACGUGUGAACUUGUCACAUGUCCCGAUCCUCCCUCUAUUAGUAAUGGGACAGUUUCAUCACCAUCUGGAGAGUUCUGGACAUUUGGAAGUGUAGCAAAGUAUCACUGUAAUAAGGACUACUCACUGAUUGGUGAAGACACCAUCACCUGUGGAGCAAAUGGAGAAUGGGACAAGGAUCCACCAAGAUGUCAAGCAAGAAGCUGUGACAAUCCUGGAGAUAUUCUCAAUGGAUAUUAUAAUGCAUCAAGUACCACUUUGGGAAGUCGAGUUACUUUUUAUUGCAAUGAAGGAUACAUCAUGGUUGGUAUGGACUACCGGAUAUGUACAGCUGAUGGUUGGGAUGGCCAGAUUCCAAAGUGUGAACCCAGAAAUGCUGACAUCAUUUCUACUACUCCUAGUGGCGGAUCUGUAGGAAGAAGUAUUGGUCAACAGUUUGAACUGCUCCUCGUCCUGGGUUUCAUUGUAUUUCUGAUGUCCUAAUUUGGUCCUGCCUAUAAAGGAACUGGACCGAAGCACUUCUCAUGAUCAGCCUUCGUACAGUAUGUGUGGGAAAAUCUCAGUUGAUUUAAUUUUGGAAAUCAGUGAAGUGGAUGCUAUGCUGCAAAAAUGUCCUCUGGAUGGAUACAGGUUAUGUAUAUUUGAGCACUUGACUAGGGUUUUCUAAAAAAGACUGUUAUUAAAACUGAAGCAAACUUAGCAAUUGUAUUUAAUGCUUAAAAAAUGUAGAGUCUAUUCUAAUUUAAAUUAAGUAACUUCAGAGUUACUGGCUAAUGUUAACUUUGUACAUCUGAAUGUUCUGUAAUGUGUAAUGGAACCUGGUUUAGUUGAGCUAAUGUUAAUUUUGUACACCUGAAUGUUCUGUAUUAAUGUGUACUGGAACUUGGUUUAGUUGAGCUGAAUGAGAUUUAAGAGAAUGCUUUGUUUUAAUUAAUUUAAGUCAUUGUUCAGGUUUUAAGUAAUGAUACCUGAUCAGUCUUUGUACAGUAUGUUUAAACAUCUGUAGGUGAUCCAUCAUUUGAAUUUCUACUCAUGUAUAUUCAAUUCUCAAAGUAAAAAUGAUUGAAAGCAUUCAUAAUAGCCUGCCUGUUAUACUGGCCUACCUGUUAUACCGAUAACCUAAUCAUAAAAUUUAAAAGCCAAUUUAUUUUUCCACUUACAAAGUUAUAUUAUAAAAGGCAUCAAAACUAACAUGAGAACCUAAAAUGGUAUUGUCUUUUUAAAAUUUCACCUUCACUAUGCUCACUCACCACAACAAUAAUACAACUGCUUAACAUGUAAAUUUGGAAAAACUUUGAAGCUAAUGAAAUGGGUUAUCCAGUGCAAAUAGGUAUGACCAGUUAUUCACGUUUGGUGCUUUUUUUCUGAAUGUAACUGGUUCAAAGCCCCUUUAAAAGAGGGAAAAUGAAGGGAAUGUGUUGAUUUUUAUCAAUGUUGGAAGUUAAACUGAUCUUUACUGUGGAUCCAAAUGUGUUGCAUAGGGUAAUUCUUUACUAAAGUGAAUAUUCUCAGGUUUUUUUUGCACAUUUUAAGAAAGAAUAAACUUGUCUGUAACUA